AUGCUUGCCGUCCCUGAGAUAAUGGAUCAUCCCCGAUUUUCCACUGUUCGAAAGGGCCAGACCGAAGUCACGGGCAUCACUCUGCUUGCUCCGAACCACGAAAACGCAAGUGUUUCCAACGUCCACGGCCCAUUAGAGAUGUUCUUUAACUGUGUGGGAGCGCUAUUUUACAUUAUGAACAGGAACGACGUCCAAGCAUGCAUCGAAGCAAUCAAAGCCUCCGGAAACGAAAACAUGCCACUCGGACACAUGUUCAGCAACGGAAGUACAAUCGAACUUCGUACUUAUGCCGCAGAAAUUGCGGGUAUGGCCUCUAUCGGUGUUAUACAUUCACAGCUAGCCGACCCUACGAAGGCACCGCCACCCGAGCUUGCCGAUUACUUCUACGCAGUCGCCAAACUUGGCCUGGACUCUGCAAUUCUCUACGAUCCGCUUCGAGCCAUGAAUGUUUGCGCGCUGCUUGGCAUCUGGCUGAGCGCAUCUCUUGACUACAACUCUGAUUCGUUAACCUUCGACGUCCACCCAUCUCUCACUGGACUAGACGUGCCGCCCCAGGACAUGAUUCGACGCGAAUGCGUCAAAGUCUCCAUCAUCAAGGCAAGCUUACUUCACCGUCUACCAAGCAAGGCGCCUGUACCGGAAAGUGUCACGCUAGAGUUUCGUGCGCAGUUGUCGAGAUUCCAUGCCCAACUCCCCGACUGGAUGUCAGUUGCUGCGCUGUUACGCGGCGACAACAGCCCGCUGAUGGCCACAUUCCGUCCAGUAAUAUUCUAUGUUCAUCUCUUCUACCUUUCGGCUAUGAUGCUGCUUGCUCGGCGGCUAAUAAUUGCAUACAUCCCGCUCGAUGCAGGUGGCAUCGUAGUUCUUCCACCAGAAGCACGACGGGCUAUCGAGGAAGGAUACCAAGCUGCGGAAACAAACGCUUCUGUCAUGAGUCUAAUGCUACAGGAAGGGAAAGUAGUACAAGUUUGCUGGCUCUGCAUGUGA